UCAGCAGAGCCCUGCACGUGUUCAGUUUCAUAAUGCGCUCUAUGCAGUAAGCUCUCACUCCCUGCAGGGAAUGGCUGCGGUUUCAUAUUUCAUUUCCCUUGUACACUACACCCAGAUUCCAGUCGCUUUCUGGCUUCACUGCAGUGCAUUACGCAGAGCACAGGUCCUGCAUCGUAUCCAGCAGAAACAGACAGGGCUUCUCUCGGUUCCAGGCAGUGGACCAUGAAGAUGUCAAUUUUAUUUUCACUUUGCAUCUUUGCUUUCCCUGGCUUUUCCCAGGGCAGGGUUGUUGGAGUGGAUGAAGCUGGCUUUGCCGAAUGCAAUGAGUUCUUUUAUGGAGAAACCCCACCAGAAGGAUUUACGGAGUCUUUCCAUGUGAAAAUCUGUCAGCAGUACAACAAAGAGCCACGCUUCGCAACGCUCUACAGCACGGAGGACAAGACCCCUCUUUAUUCCGCUUUUAAAUACACAAAAGCAGCUCAGAUGGGGGAGGAGAGCUGGCUGGUUGAACCGCAGAUAGAUGAUCCUGGAAAUGACUUGGAGGAAAUGGUGCAUGAAGCUGUUGCUGUUGGCUCAGUGAACAACCUUGGAGCAAACCAAGCCCUGACCACAGACUAUGUGGACUCUGGUUAUGAGAGAGGGCAGCUAAACCCCAGCUCCCUCAAUGAAGAUGAUUUCCAGCUAGCCACAUACACCCUUACUAAUGCUGUCCCUAUGACUCCCUCUCUCAGUAAAAGCUGGCACAAGGAUGUCGAGGAUAUAGUAGAACAAGCUUUGGCCCCACAUUGCAAAAAUGAGGCCCGCCUGUAUCUUGUUGCAGGUGCUGUUCCAUCCAGCCUCAGAGUUAAAGACAAGGUGUCCAUACCAGAGUUUCUCUGGCUGGCAGCUUGCUGUGAUGCUCCGGAGGUAUGGUCUGUGGGCUUUCUGAAACGUCCGAGUGGUGAAAACAGUAUAGAAGACCUGUCUGUGGAAGAGCUGGAGAAGCAGCUUCCUUCAGGAGCUCACUUGUUUAAGAGCAAUUGUGGGGGAGGCAGCCAAAGCCAGGAGAAAAUGGAAGCCAUAUUGCAAACCAUAAACCAGAUCCAGUCUGAAGAGCCCAUAGUACAAACCCCGGCCGGGAGAGUCGGCUGGCACAGGGAUGAACAGAGAGCCCAGGAGAAGCCCGGAGAGGGCAGCCUGCUGAAAAGAGUAGCUGGCAUCGUUGCGGCCCCUUUCACCAAGCUGCUGAGACUCGUUGGCUAUGUGUUGGUGGAGGUGGUGAGAUACACGUGUUAUUUCCUGUGGUAUAUCGUCAAGCAGCUCAGCAACACUGCAAUGGGCGGACUCUACAGCUUAUGGAAUGGAGUGAUGUCCUAUGGCAAAGAAAUCAGCAUAGUGCUGGUGAACAUCCCCAGGGAUGUGGCCAAGGUUGCAGCAAACAUCGUCAUGGGCUUUGUCCGGAUCUUCCAGAACACCCUGAGCCUCAUCUAUAGGAUUAUCAGCGUCCCCAUUGGACUCUUCCUUCAUAUCAUGGUUUUCCCCUUGGACACUCUCUGUGCCAUUCCCAUCGUCCUCAAAGACAUAGCCGCUGGAGUUGGUGGCACUUGCUCACUCAUUGUCGAUGCCACAGCUGCCAUGAUGUCUGGCUUUUAUUACAUAGCUACUCACCUAGGCAAAAAGUUUGUCCCUAAGCUCUCUUCUGAUGACUGAUAGGGACAGCAAACAGAACUGCACAGACACGUGGUGAAAGAAAAGUGGGGCAAUAUGUUCCGAUAUGUGACCAAUGCUGACAGUUUUUGCUGGUAUUUAUUGCAGUGACAUUAAUAACACCAAACCAAUCUGGUGGUCGCAUGGAGGGCCUAUGGCACUUCAAAAGGGAAUUCCAUUACAAAUCGACUUCCACUUAUUGUAAAGUGUUCAGGGUUUCAACUGGUGUGACAAGCUGUCUGUGGAUUUCAAGGCCAAUGUCAAGCUGCUUCCGCUUUGAGACACGCUGAGUGUAGCACAAAGUUAUUCCUUUACUACUAAAUAGGAAAAUGCUGAUGCCUAUUCAUGGGCUGUGCUACAAAGGCAUAACAGAAGCAUGUGUCCAUUGGUGUGGGUAGAUAAGGGGCUUAUGCUGACCCUCCCCUCUGCUAGGAUUAUUGCAUGGAAAGAAACCACAUAGAGCUUAAUUCUGCCUUUAGUUGCACUAUUGACUUCAGUGGGGUUUUGUGGAAGGAACUGAGGGCAGAACUUGGGCUGGUGUGUUUUAGCUGAUAAUUCUCAUCCCUCGGCCUUUCAAGGCAGCUGAAAUGGAUGGAACGGCCCUUGGUGAGAGUAAAUCAGUUACCAGUUGCUUGGUGGGGUGUGGGGGAUAUUUACCGUUUUCCUUAACUCCCCAUAACUUUUUAAACUGACUAUUGGUACCAAACAAUUAUCCAAAACCUGAGGUCUUUAUUCAAUGUGGGCCCGAUCCAGAGCUCAGUGAAGUCCAAAAUAGUCUUUCUACUGGCUUUGGAUCACACCCUAAUACACCAAACAAACCGCCACCCAUUGCCUCCAAUUAGAGACGACAGUCUCCCAAAUACAUGCUUCCAUGCCAACUCAUCUGGAGAUCUCGGCAAGAUUUGGGACUCAGUUGCAUUCGCCCUUUUUUUUUCUUUUAUGUGCACUGGGAGCCUGACUCAGCUGGAAGGAACCCUCCACCCGUGUUUCAGGCUGAGGCGACAAAUACGUUACUCUAUCAUCCUGGUUGGUCUGAACAAACACAGUCAGUGCAAGGCCUUGCAUGCAAUGACAAAGGGCAGAGGAGGAACACUAAUGAUGAGGGGCCAGGUUCUGCCACUCCAACGCUGAGUAAUCUCUCACUCCACACGAAUACCCAUUGACUUUCAGGGAGGCUAUCUGCAGUGUGAGGGAUGAAUCGGCAUGAGCAAGGGUGGCAGAAUUUGGCCCUAGGAAGGCAAGCUGAUACCUGUCAGUUUUCUGUCUCCCGCCUACCUACAUCCAAUGAGAGGGGAAGCAGACCUAAGGAACCAGCCUGUGGUCCUCAUGCACCCCAAACUCCCAGUGAAGUCAGAUUGGAAGAUUAUGAAAGUCCGUGGGGGUGAGCUAGGAAAGCAGGAUGAGGCAGAAGCCCAUCGGGCUGGGGAAAUGGUGAUCUGCAGCAUCCUGCAGUAGGUUUGGGGCAGGGGGGUCAGCCACUUGCACUAAGUUAGCUCAUCAGGGCUGGUACAGGCAAAACUGGUAGGAGCAGGAGGCCCCAGGGUGGAGGAGGCCCCGGCCCAUCAGUGACGGGUUGAAGGGCUGGCAUGACGGUAAUUGCCCCAGUGACAUAGUGUGAAGCACAAGCUGCUUGAUGCUAAUAGAGCUUGAGGGGAACCCAGGCUUCUGUCACUUUAUCACAACAGCACUUGUGCCCCCUCCUCCUGCUGACAGGACAUACCCAUCCACUUUCGCCCCUAGCUCCCAGACCCUCUACAAGUGCACAUCCCCGUGCUGGACACCUCCCCUAUUGUCCUCUGUCCCCCUGGAGAUCCCCAAGCAGGCAUGCCAUUGGAGUCUGGGGGAGUGGUGACUCACUGAAUCUGGAAUACAGCAGCGGGCAGAUGAGAUCCUAAGGAAAGGGCUUUACAGGGGAGGUCACAGUUUAGCUCAACAGAGCCCCCCCUCCAAACUCAGUGGUCCUGCAUACUAAGGGGACAUGGUGCAGGGGCAUGUUCUGUCUGCUCCCCAGUAAACAAGGGCCUAACUUCAACUCCGCUUACACCUCCCCUUGGAAAGGGAAUCAGGGGAAGGAGUUUUGGUUUCUUGUUACUCUAUACGCUUUGUCCCUUGAGAGUGAUCUUUGCUGACUGCAUCAGCUGUUGAUUCAGUCUGCAAGCACACAAAUGCAGUAAGAAGUUGUAGCAGAGACACGCACUGACCCUCCUCAUAGUUCCGUCACACCCUGCACUGUCCAUUUUUUAUGCAUGACUAUUCUGCUGUAUUUUCAUGUAGCUCAUCUAUGCUUUUACAUUUGUGUGCAUAACUGUAUGCAAAGUCUCUGCUGGGGGAAUCUGGCUGCUCUGUUACAUGCUACUUGGGAGCAGUUCUGGGUCUGAGAAAACUUUAUUACAAUAUGUGCCAGCAUUCCCACCACUUCUAUUUAAUGACAGGCUGAAUUUGGGGGGAGUGGAUGGCUCAGAUUCUAGCAGUGGAAUAAAGAAACUCCAGCUGGUUCAAAUCCAGGCCAGCUUAAUCGUGACUAAAAGUUAUUACCCUGGCUUUGGGAUCUGUGUGGAACAAAUGUAUGUGUCCCAGACCAGUUCCAAACAGCCCAACAUAUCUUAGCGGCAAAGAGGCCAUGGAGUGAACGGACUUGGAGAUCAAUGCCACCUGUCACUCCUAGAGGUGAUCACUCCAGGUCAGGGUAGAGGCAUAUGGGUGGAGUCAUAUGGGGAAGUUUACACUUUACUCCCCAUGCUGCACCUGAUCCCUGGAGAAAAGAGGACUCUAGGGUUGUCAAUCCAACAUGCACAAUAUUGGUCCCAAAUCCUGCUGGUCAUUUUUUACUAUGCUACACGUCCAAGCAGUCUAUAGAGAAACUGCCUAAAACACAGAACACAUGUUGCAGAACAGCUAUGCACAGCUGUAAACUAGCUGUCGUUUGAGAUUAGCCUUAUCUGGGCAUGACUUAUGGUGUGGGAGCUUGACCUUACCCUCAGAGCUAUGUGGUUUUAACAAAAUUAAAGUGACUUUG